AGAAACUAUCCAUCUAUGAAAUUGUUAUUGGUAAUACAAAUUUUGAUAUCAUGAUAUCAUCAGUUUUGAAAAUGUGAAAAUUGUGAAAUUACGGCUUUUAUUAAUUUUUUAGAAUUUCAGUCACGCAUCAUUUACAAAAACAUAUUAAUAUAUAUAUUACAUACAAUACGUGGUUACAAAUAAUCAUAUAUUGAUAUUUUACUGAUUAAUUAAAAUACAAUUAUCAUUUCAAAUAUUUCGAAAUAUAUUAUCUAUUUUCUUGUUAGACACAAGUCUACUAAAAACAUACUAACUAUUAUGAGUAACUUACAUCUUGGACCUGAUUCUCAAAAACCACCAGAAGUAAAAGGACAAGUUCGUUUAUAUGGUAUGAAAUAUUGUCCUUUUACACAUCGAAUUCGAUUAAUACUUUCUUAUAAAAAAAUUCCCCAUGAUAAUGUUAAUAUUAAUAUCAAAAACAAACCAAAAUGGUAUUUAGAAAUUCAUCCAGAGGGCAAAGUACCAGCACUUGUUGAUGUUAAUGGUAAAGUAAUUGUUGAUUCAGUAGUAAUAGCAAAUUAUUUAGACGAAAAAUAUGGUGAGCCUUCUUUAUAUCAUAAUGAAACAAAAGUUCGUGAUAUAGAACUUUUAGAUCAUUAUUCCAAGCUUAUUAGUAUUUUUUCAAAUUGUAUUCAUGGUAAUGAUAGCAGACCAAUCAAUGAAAUUAUUACUGAAAUUUCAUCUCUAUUAGUAGAAUUUGAGGAAGAAUUAAAAACUCGUGGGACAGUUUAUUUUGGAGGAACACAACCUGGUAUGUUAGAUAUAUUGAUGUGGCCAUGGGUUGAGCGACGGAAGUCUUUAUCUUUAAUUUAUGAAGAACCCACCCAUUUUAAUGAUGGAAAUUUCUCUCAUUUAAUGAAAUGGAUGCAAGAAAUGAAAGCACAACCAUUUAUACAAGAAAAUGAAUGUUCACAUGAAAAGUUUGCUCAGUUAGUCAAAGAUUUGAAAACAGGAAAUGUUGAUUUUGAUAAACUUUAAAUCUUUCAUUACAUGUACUUAUGUGCAUAUGUUGAUACAUAAUAAUUUAAGUCUUGAAUAUAAUUACAAGUUUGGAGUAUUAGAAUAAUAAUCAUUUAAUGAAAUUUAUUAUGGUUAAUCUUAAAAUAUAUCUGAUCGUAUUAAUUUGUAAAUAGAAAUUGUUAUUCUAUAAAUAAUCAUAAAACUCUGAGCUUUAUAACUCAUGUCUUCUAUUAUGACAAUAUACGCUAAUAAGUCUGUUUAAAAUAUUAAUAUUGCUUUGUCAGAUGUGUGAAAAAUAUGUUGUGAUAAACAUUAUAAAUAUACUCUUUAGACAAAGCAACUUAAAUUCCUUUCAUACUUUA